CCCUCCCAAUGGCUAAUGUCAAGCGGUCGACUCCAGUGACUGUGCCCGCUCCCGCUCCCGCGCCUGCGCCCUUGGACCCGGGGGCUACAGCCGCCAUGGCCAAGAAGUCGGCGUCCACCGGGGCAGCGAUUACGGCCACGAAAAGCCCCGCGGCGGCGUCACCGCUGAUUGUGAUCGAAAUCCCGUCGUCACCUGAUGCCUCCACGGGUGGCCGCCGCUCGACGACGAAAGCGCGGAAGAGGCCCGCGCUGUGGCCGCUCGUCCUUGACGACGAGAUCGAGAUGUGGACACCGCGGGAGAAGCGGCGCCUCGACGAGGACUGUCAGAUCCUCGCCGGAGACCCUCUCGCCUCCAACAUCGAGGUGGCCCCCGCCGCCGCCAGUGACGAAAUCGCGGUCGUUGCGGAGCGAGGAAAGAUUGCGUGCAGAGAUUACCCACAUCCGAGGUCUGCUUGUGCAAAGCACCCAUUUAGUAGAACCCCUCAUGAACGCUAUUGUGACCAGUGUUUCUGCUAUGUCUGCGACAUCGCUGCCCCAUGUGUGUCCUGGAAGGGACCUGGAGGGCACUGCGACGCUUCGGACAGGGACAAACAGUGGAAGGCUUUGAGGCGCAUGAUGCAAGUCAACAAAAGCAAAGCCUAGUUGAUUUUGCCCCCGAUGCUAGGUCUGGCAAUCGGCAUUUUGGAGUCUCAGCUUGUUCUGAUGGGAAGGUUAUCUUGGAGUAACUUGUAAAUAUGGUUAGUGCUGGUGAUAGAUCUCAUCCCAAGAUUUGGUGCGUGCAUCUGUGUACUGCCUAUCAGAAACUGAAUGAUGCGCCUAUAUAAUAUAACCACCUAUGAAGUACUAGUAUCA